GGGAGGUCCGUUACAGGCGCAAUGCGGGUAUCUGGAUGUAAGGAGGAAUGGCGACGGUCGAGACGGUUUUAGGAGGCCAGAGUGAAGCUGAAUUUGACCAAACAGAGGCGGAUUAGAGGCUUCAAUCACUUAAUGCCCAGCUGAAGGUUUUAUUAUAAAACCUCAAAAUGGCCAGUGAUGCGACCGUGCCCUCUUCAUCAGGCACCAUCUCGUCCUCCUCCCCUCAGGCUCCCACCAGCAAGUCCACCUUAGCUGUAAAGCAGCGAGAAAGCAGGAAGUCUUCAGCCACAACUCCUGCCUUUCUCUCCAACCUGGGGAGGGCAACCCUGCGCGGUAUUCGCAAGUGCCCUCAGUGUGGGGUGUACAACGGCACCCGUGGGCUCAGCUGCAAGAACAUAACCUGCGGCGUGACCCUCAGAGAUGCGUCUGCAGGUUGUAAAAGCAGCAAGAAAGGCGCGGUGGAGGUGGUGAGGGUCAUAACUGACAGUGAGGAGGAGAGUUGUGGAAAGGAACAGGAAGCAGGAGGAGGUGCACAGGUGUUUUCCGUGUGCCACAGAGGAAGAGGAACCACACAGUGGGGCUUUGUCGAGCUGGUUCCCACAGAUACGGCCAUAGCAACCGGGGAUGGAGCCACCCUGCUAACCCGCAUCAACCUCGGCCGCUGCUUCUUAUCCUCUUGCAGGCAGGGUGAGAGGUCAAGCAAGCGUGAAUCAGGUUCAGCAUCGACGGAGCAGUCCUCCGACAGCCUCUGCAUCCACAUCAAACAGGCCAUAGACUGCCGGAGCCGUGCCACGCCUCUCACCUUAAAGAGCUCUGUCCUGGAGGCUUUGCAGGCUUCCAUCCAAGCCAGAGAGGAGCUUUGGAGGCUGGCCACAGAGUCCCCCGGGCCUCUGGUGCAGCGGGUUUCUAAACAAACCCUGGUGGUGAAGUGCCACACAGACUCGCAGCAUCCUCUGGGCCUGCUUCAUCUAACUGUGGCUCAGGUGGACACACAGAAGAGGGACAGGAGUGUCUUUCAUUGCACCUGCCAGGUCAGCACAGGAAGAAGCAAACCUGGUGUGAACGGAGCAGGCGGGUCAGUCAGCUCUCUCCCUUCUCUGAGCCCAACCACUUCCCAGCCCUGCCUGCACUUCUAUGCCUGCGUGUGUGCCUUCUCAAGCAACGAAAAGCUGGCUGCAGAGUUUGCAGCUUUCAUCAACUACACCUCAAGCUGUGUGCAGCAGACCGGAAAACCACUGCAGCAGGUCGAACCCAACAACUCCCACCAUAAAGUGAAGAAGCAGCGUUUGGAUGAACCUGCCUCUGGUGUGGCCUCUCCCUCUGCGGCGGGGAAAGGAGGAGCGCUGGUCUCCGGCCUGAGGAAGGCCGAUCAGAGGAAAGCUGCAGGCAGUGCUCAGGUUGUGGAUGAGCGCACAGUGACCAUGGGCUUCCAGCCGUGGCUAGCCAGUGUGACUGAGAGGAUCCAUCAGACAAUGCACUACCAGUUUGAUGGAAAACCACAGCCAUUCGUCUACCACAUCCCCCAGGAGUUCUUCAACGCCCUGCAGCAACGUCUGUCACUGGGAUCUAAGAAGAGAAGACUUCCUAACCUCACAACAGCAUUUGUGAGGAACGAUGGUCUUCCCCUGGGCUCCUUCUCCAAGUACACCUGGAACAUCACCAACCUGCUGCACGUCAAACACAUUUUCGACACUCCGGAGCUGCCAUUGGAGGUCACUCAGAGUUUUGUAAAGAACCUAGAUGGCUCUUACUCCCGCUUUCACCUCCCCGGGCCGCUUCCUGAGCCAGAAUCAUUAGAUGGCUAUAGGACGGACCGUCCACAGGCCAUUCGACCGAUGGAGCACCGCACUUUCCUCAAAGCCGGACCAAGCUCUGGGGAUCAGAAGGAGUCCAGCCCCUUCGUGAUCGAGUGGACCCCUGACGUUCUGCCCCGCUGCCAGAUGGGAGAGCUCAGGAUCAGCUUUGAGUUCGGCCACCAGCAGAGCGGCCAAUCAGAGUGCCAGGAGAAAGUGGGCGGGACGGAGAAAAAAAGUUGCAGAAAGUCUGAUUGUUCUCAGACCAAAGUCCCAAAGGCUGCCGAGGUUCUUCAAGUGGUUGUACAACAGUCGUCACUGUAAACAUCACAUGGUGAAAAACAAAGCAUGUUACCAGCAUAUGAAUCCAUGUUUGUUUUAAUGAUAUGCAAAAUAUGUAUAACAGGUUUCUCUGUGCUUGUCAGUCCAGACUUGAUAAAUGCUUCGUCAAACGCAAAAUACCUUUACUAAUGGAAAAAAGCACAAACAUCUAAUGUUUAUUUUUUACCAUUAACUUUUUUGGUUGACCUUUCAAAAUAUUAAAAUAAUAUAAUAAUUUCAAAA